AUGCAGAUGCUUACAAAGUUUGAAUCCAAGAGCAAUCGCGUCAAAGGCAUUGCCUUCCACCCAAAACGUCCAUGGAUUUUGGCAUCCCUGCAUAAUGGCUGUCUCCAAUUGUGGGAUUACCGCAUGGGCACUCUUUUAGAGCGGUUUGAUGAGCAUGAUGGCCCUGUGCGCGGCAUUGCCUUCCAUCCCACCCAGCCACUGUUCGUAUCAGGUGGUGACGACUACAAGAUCAAAGUGUGGAAUUACAAGACUCGCCGUUGUCUUUUUACGCUCAACGGUCAUUUAGAUUAUGUUCGUACUGUAUACUUCCAUCACGAAUACCCUUGGAUCAUCUCGGCCUCGGAUGACCAGACAAUUCGCAUUUGGAACUGGCAAUCACGUAAUUGCAUUGCAAUUCUCACUGGCCACAACCAUUAUGUAAUGUCUGCCCAGUUCCAUCCCAAAAAUGACCUUGUUGUAUCAGCUUCUAUGGACCAGACUGUAAGAGUAUGGGACAUUUCUGGCCUGCGUAAGAAGAACCAAGCUCCUACUCCAAUGGCCUUUGAGGAUUCAUUCUCUAGACAGAACUCACAGGCAGAUCUGUUUGGAUCUACUGAUGUUAUGGUAAAGUAUGUUCUUGAGGGCCAUGACCAUGGCGUCAACUGGGCCACUUUCCACCCCACACUUCCCCUGAUUGUAUCGGCAGGCGACGAUAGACAGGUUAAGUUGUGGAGAAUGAAUGACUCCAAGGCAUGGGAAGUAGAUAGCUGCAGAGGCCAUUUCAAUAAUGUGUCUAGUGCCAUCUUCCACCCUCGCCAAGAGUUAAUUCUAUCCGAUGGUGAGGAUAAGUCUAUCCGUGUAUGGGAUAUGACCAAGCGCACUGCUGUUGCUACUUUCAAGCGCGAUCAUGACCGCUUCUGGGUUCUGACAGCUCAUCCAGAACUUAACUUGUUUGCUGCUGGUCACGAUAGCGGUUUGAUUGUAUUCAAGCUGGAGCGUGAACGUCCUGCUUAUCAGACCCACCAAAACCAACUGUAUUACAUUAAGGACAAGAUCCUGCAUGUGCAUGAUCUUGCCAGUACAGCAGACCAAGAGAUUCUCAGCGUCCGCAAGCUGGGCUCGCAAUAUGUUCAGCCCCGCACCCUUUCCUACAACCCAGCUGAGCGCGCUGUUUUAGUGACAUCUCCUCACGAUGGUGGUAUUUAUGAAUUAUACCCACUUCCAAGAAACUUGACUGGUAACUUAAAAGAACCUGCGGAUGAGGCAAAACGCGGAAAUGGUCAUUCGGCCGUCUUUAUCGCUCGCAACCGAUUUGCUGUGUUUGAUAAAAUCAACCAGCAAAUCCAGAUCCGUGAUUUGGCAAACGCAGUUACCAAAUCUUUCAAGACACCAGGAAUGGUGACAGAUAUGUUCUAUGCUGGUACCGGAAAUUUACUUUUGGCUACUGCCACAAGUGUAAUAUUGUUUGAUAUCCAGCAGAGACGUGUUGUGACAGAACUUGCUGUGGCUGCUGUCAAGUAUGCAAUCUGGUCGGCUGAUCUUAACACUGUCGCUCUUCUCAGCAAACACACCAUCACCCUCGCUGACAAGAACCUUAAGCAGACAUGUCAGAUCCACGAGACAAUCCGUAUCAAGAGUGGUACCUGGGACGAUUCUGGCGUUUUUAUCUACUGCACACUCAACCACAUCAAAUAUGCCCUUCCUCAAGGUGACAACGGUAUCAUUCGUACCCUUGAGCAGCCUGUCUAUCUUACUGCAGUUAAAGGCAAGGUUCUUUACAUCCUCGAUCGUGAGGGCAAGGCACGCUCUAUUACCAUUGACCCCACCGAGUUCCGUUUCAAGCUGGCACUUAUCAACCGCCAGUACGAAGAAGUCCUCCACAUCAUUCGCAGCUCGAACCUUGUUGGACAAUCGAUUAUUGCUUACCUCCAAAAGAAGGGUUAUCCUGAAAUUGCAUUGCACUUUGUCCGUGACGAACGCACCCGAUUCGAAUUGGCAUUGGAAUGUGGUAACCUCGACGUUGCGCUCGAAACAGCAAAGAUCAUCGAUAAGCCUGAUUGCUGGACAAAGUUGAGCACCGAGGCCUUGCGCCAGGGUAACUACAAAAUUGUAGAGAUGUCUUAUCAGCGUACAAAGAACUACGACCGCCUCUCGUUCCUUUACCUCACCAGCGGAAAUGAGACCAAUCUGCGCCAGAUGAUGAAGAUUGCCGAAUUGCGCAAUGACUCCAUGUCCCGUUUCCAAAACGCACUUUACCUGGGCGAUAUCGAAGAGCGUGUUCGCCUCCUCCAAGAUGUUGGGCAGUUGCCUCUUGCCUACUUGACCGCCAAGACCCACGGUCUUACUGAGCAGGCAAACGCUAUUCUCGCAGCCGCAGGAAAGACCGAGGAUGAAAUCGAGCUGCCUAGCAUGUCUGCUGAUUUGCCUACUCCAAUCAAACCAGUUGUUAAGCUUGAGGAUCCCAACUGGCCUUUGUUGACUGUCUCAAAGAGCUUCUUUGAGGGUGCCUUUACUUCCGAACGCAACACAUCUAAUCCUAUUGCUGCCCCCACAUUCUCGUAUGAUGCUCAGAUUGAUAAUAUUGAAGAAGCCGGUGGUGAUUGGGGAGCUGAUGAUGAUGAUGUGAUCUCCGGAACUAAGGCCAAGGCCUCUUAUGAUGAUGACGAUCUUCUUGGAAACCAUGAUAAUGGAGAUGAGGCUGGUGGAUGGGAUGUUGAUGAUGACAUCAAGGUAGACAUUGAUGCAGAGAUUGGCCAGGCUGCUGCACAGGCCACCGCUGAAUUUGUUGCACCUACUGCUGGCACAAGUGAAAGUGCUAUUUGGGUGCAAAACUCUCCUCUUGCUGUUGAUCACAUUGCCGCCGGAUCCUUUGAGACUGCUAUGCAGAUCUUGAACCGCCAAGUGGGAAUUGUUCAGUUUGAACCUUUGAAGCCCUACUUCCUUUCCAUAUUCCAGGCAUCCCGUGUAUAUGUCGCCUCAACUGCUUCUAACCCAACUCUCACAUUCUCCCUCCGUCGCAAUCCCGAGGAAUCAACUCAAAGAAACAGCCUUCCCGCAGUUGUCUACAACUUCCAAAACAUUGUGUCUACCCAACUUCAACUGGGUUACAGACUCUUUACCUCUGGUAGAUUGGCUGCAUCAGCUACUCAGUUCAAGACCCUGUUGCAUUCUAUUUUAUUCACAGUUGUUUCUAACAAGACCGAAUCAGAGGAAGUUACUCAACUCAUCAACAUCUGUCGUGAAUAUCUUACCGGUCUUGCUAUAGAGCAGCAGCGUCGCGCCACUACUGGCACAGAGCCCGAAAGUGUCAAGCACGCUCUAGAACUCGCUGCCUACUUUACCCACUGCCAGCUUCAAGCCUCCCAUCUCCAACUCGCUCUUCGCCAGGCUACCAAGCAAGCAUUUAAGCUUAAGAACUUUAGCACUGCUUCUCAAUUUGCCCGUCGCCUGCUUGAGUUGGCUCCCCCCAGAUCAGUCGCUGAUGAGGCUCGUCAGAUCCAGGCUGUCUGUGAGCGUUCUUUGAGAGAUGAAAUUGAGCUCAACUAUGAUCAGUACAACCCAUUUGUGGUCUGUAGCAUUACUUUUGAACCCAUCUACAAGGGCUCUCCAAAGGCGAGCUGUUCAUUCUGCCAAGCUUCUUAUAAGCCUGAAUUAGAAGGCAAGCUGUGUACAGUGUGUGAAGUAGCACAGAUCGGCGCAAGUGCAACUGGUCUGCGUGUACUGGCAUAAAAGAUAUGAAGUAAAAAAAAAAGAAAAAAGAAAAAGAAGAAGUGAUUGUAAUCCAUUAAAGAUAAUAAUAAUAAAAAGAAACGUCAGCUUUUUGU